GCCACCCCUGGUUGCUGGGCAGGAGCCCUGGGCUGGGCUGGAGGUGGAGGGAGGAAGUGCCCAGGAGGGCGGUGACAUCACCACCCAGCCCUUGAAAGAUGAGCCGUUCCCUCCACCUCUUCAGCUCCUGGGAGGGGUGAGGACAUCAGGCAGCCCUGCCGGGACGGAGGGAGCACCCGAGGUGCCUGUGUGGCUCCCUCUGGACAAGGGGGCCCCCCGGGCAGGGGCUGGUCCAGUUGCCUCCCCACUGCCAGGAGGACAGGAGGUCCCAGCACAAGGAGAGAGCCGGCAGUCAGCCCAGGAGCCUCACUUACAUCCCACUCUGAGUCCAAAUGUUCUCCACGUGGCAAAGAUCAAUGUUCCUGUCUUUUCAUAACGACCCUGUGCCCACCACGGCCUCUUUCGGCACAGAAAUGCUCAACAUCACCUCGCAAGUCCUCAUGCCCACCCUCAACAGGACCGUGACCAGCACCUGUGUCUACUCUGACUGGUGGAACUGGCUCAACACCACCCAGGCCCCCUUCCUCUGGGUCCUGUUCGUGCUGGCAGCCCUGGAGAACACCUUCGUCCUCAGCAUCUUCUGCCUGCACAAGAGUAGCUGCACGGUGGCCGAGAUCUACCUGGGCAACCUGGCCGUGGCGGACCUGAUCCUGGCCUGCGGGCUGCCCUUCUGGGCCAUCACCAUCGCCAACAACUUCAACUGGCUUUUUGGGGAGGUCCUCUGCCGUGUGGUGAACACCAUGGUCUACAUGAAUCUCUACAGCAGCAUCUGCUUCCUCAUGCUGGUGAGCAUCGACCGCUACCUGGCCCUGGUGAAGACCAUGUCCGUGGGCCGGAUGCGCGGGGUGCGCUGGGCCAAGCUCUAUAGCCUGGUGAUCUGGGGGUGCACACUGCUCCUGAGUUCGCCCAUGCUGGCCUUCCGGACCAUGAGGGAGUACAGAGAGGAGGGCCACAACGUCACUGCCUGCAUCAUCAACUACCCGUCCCGCACCUGGGAAGUGUUCACCAACAUCCUCCUGAACGUCGUGGGCUUUCUGUUGCCCUUGACCAUCAUCACCUUCUGCACAGUGCAGAUCAUGCAGGUGCUGCGGAACAAUGAGAUGCAGAAGUUCAAGGAGAUCCAGACAGAGAGGAAGGCCAUGGUGCUGGUCCUAGCCGUGCUGGGGCUGUUUGUCAUCUGCUGGCUGCCCUUCCAGAUCAGCACCAUCCUGGACACGCUGCUGCGCCUUAACAUCCUGUCCGGCUGCUGGGACGAGUACAUGGUCGACGUCUUCACGCAGAUCGCCUCUUACGUGGGCUACAGUAACAGCUGCCUCAACCCGCUGAUGUACGUGAUCGUGGGCAAGCGCUUCCGCAAGAAGUCCCGGGAGGUGUUCCAGAGACUGUGCCAGAAAGGGGGCUGCGUGCUGGAGUCCAGCAAGAUGGAGAACUCCAUGGGCACGCUCCGGACCUCCAUCUCCGUGGAGCUCCAGAUCCACAGACUGCCAGAGUGGGUGGACAACAGCCAGUGAGGGGGCGCCCCCUGGACCCCUGCUCCUGUGUGCCGGGCCGGAGGGACAGUGGCGCUUCAGGAUGUGCCCGGGAAGGAAUGGAAGCCAUGCCAUGGGUGUGACCUCAGGCAAUAAGUCCGCGUCUCUGGGUAAACCCAGGAGCAUCACUGCUGCCCUGCCCAAGCUGCAGUGAGCCAGGCCGUGAGGAUGGGGUGACCUCACGCACAGCCAAGGGCUCCAUACACAUGACAGUAUUAUUGUUCUCAUCUGCUGCCACCCCUGGACCAGUCUGCAUCCUCCCGGGAGUGGAGGGGGCCUGGGGACAGGAGUGACUGAGCUUCCCUCCCACGUGGUGUCCCGCCCUGCUGCAGCAUGCCGGCUCAGACCUCCGGGAGAAUGGCCACCCCAACUCUGGUGCCCCGGCUGAGUGCAUGGGGGGACCUGGCUGGGGUUUUGCCUUAGGUCCCUUAAAUCUACCCAGCUGGGACUCUGGAGGAUGAUUCCUGAGAUUAAUGAAGGUUUAACUCUGAGGGAUCCCUGGUAAGAACCCAGAGACCAGGAUUCCAUCACUUCCCGGGCCCAUGGAAAAGACGGUCUGUGCCAAAAAAGAACUCGGUGAGCACUUAGCUGGCACUUGCUGUUUACACAGCAUUGAGCACCACGGGCAAGAGGCAAGAAAAAGAGUAUAAUCUCUGCCUUGAAGGAACUUACAAACUGGAACGGGGAUGAUUGGGUAUUGGCAACUACCAGAGGGCUGUUCUGCGACCAGACAUGGUCAAGCAAGGCACUGGGGGCGGUGCAGAGGUGAGGGGUGAGGAGCCUGCCGCGGGCCGGCCCUUAACUAGUGGCACAUUGCUUGGUCCCUGCCUGUUUCCUCGUCUGUAACACCAGGGUGUUGUGAAGAUUGAAAGAGGCAAAGGCAUAGAAGUACUCUGAAGGAAGGAAAGGUGCUCUAUAAAUGUGUGGCUUUAUUAGGCACACAGAACAGAAGUAAAUUUAUUGUGACGACACAGCUUUGCCGCUAAUGACCAUGUAAAGCGCCCAUCAGUGUCUGCCACAGAGUAGGUGCUCAAUAAUGUUAACUGCCUUCCACCGUUCCUUCCCAUACUCUGUCCCUCCCACCCCCACCCCAACACACACACACACACACACACACACACGAGCAUUUUGGGGGCAGGCCACCCGUCCAGUGUUUGAUUUGUGAUGAGCCCAAGAGAUUUCUGAUUGAACUUACUCAGGGAAUCCACAUGCUCAGACCCUCACGGGGGGUGGGCAGUAGUCGGGAGCCGUCCAGGCCUGCCUACCAUUGUCCCUGUCUCAGCAACCAAGGGCACCAACCAGUGGUUUAUAAUAGCGGCAGACCAAUGAUUUGGCACGAAGGUCACUGACCCCAAAGCACUGGUCCUGGGACCAAGCUCCCCUAGAGGCCUGAGCGGCUCAUGGGUGCCGGCAGCAGCCCUGGGUCAAGAGGGCUGGCUAGGUCCGGGCAGCUGUGACGGUGAGGAAGCCCUGGGGCGGGACCCACAUGAUAAGCACCAGAACAACCGGUACUUUGCUGAACGGAGAAGGGAGAAGGGAGAAGGGAGAAGGGAGAACGCCCUCGCCCAAGAGACCAGCAGUCGGCACUGCAGAGGGGCGAGGCUCUGCCUUCUCGGGGCGGGGCGGCGGUGGGCGGGGCGAUGCGUGGGGCGGGGCAGGUCUCAGGUGUCAGGCCGCAGGAAGCUAGACCAGCAUCCUUGGCCGGAGCCUUAAGAGACAUCCCUAACCCCAAGCCCCAGCUCCUCCAAGGAGGAUUCAUUUCUUUUUUCCCACAUGUUUCACAGUCUGCCUCCUGGGGCCAGCCCCGUGCCAAGCCCCAUGGGGAGUAUGGAGAAUGCACCACCCAGGGUCUGACAUCAAGCGGCAGAGAACCAGGGCAGGGAGGGGCCAGCUCAGUAGCAGUGGAGUUCCUAAGGUACGUGGCACCUGGGCAGCGCUCAUUCGCUCGAAAAAAUAAAUGGAUACUUCUUAGCAAGCUCUCUCUGGAGAAGAUGGAAACCCAAAAAGGACCGGGAAAUUUUGGAGGGCAAACUGCCCAUAAACCCUCAUCAAGCCAGCUCUAGAUUUUAAAACAAAAAGGAUCAAAAACGAUUCCCAGGCUUUGUUCCCCUACCACACACACCCCUCCGUCCCAGUAAACAUACACACUCGUAGCUGGAGAAAAAGAGUUGAAUAAGAAGUAGCAACGAUUUAGUAUUUGAAUGAAGUUACACAGGUGCACAUAUUGUGGAAUAAAAAAGAGGCGUGCUUUGCAAAUGUGUAGCGCUCAUCCGUCAGCCAGCCUGUGAUGGUCUAAAGGUCUUCUCUGAGCAGAGCCGAGUCACAGCUCUGGGACCCUAAUGGUCACUUAGGGGUUGUCUCGUGGUCUGAGGAGCAAUCAGUCUGUGACAGGGCAGCCGCCCUAUGGGUUGUGUCAACACUGUGAUAAAGAACAUCUGGCCCUGUGAUAAAGAACAUCUGUUACAUUGUAAAGAAGGUGCAUUUCACAAUGAGAAACGGAUGAAAUGUGUAAACAUGUGUCUUUUCCAUAGAGCUUAAUAAAUGGAUGAAGAGUUUUUUGCA